AUGACAAAUUUAUUAUGCGGUCUAGCUUGCCUUAUUUUGUAUGUCCAGCUGUUCUCAUCACCAAACAUUGCUUUUGCUUCUGCUACUUCUUCUGAGGCAGAGGCUCUUCUCAAAUGGAAAGCUAGCUUUCAAAAUGAAACCAAAAAUAAUCUGACCUCAUGGGCUUACUAUCCAAAAGUAAAUACAAACCCAUGCAACGUUUGGACUGGUGUUUCAUGCAACACUGCUGCAAGUGUCAACAGGGUCAACCUCACCAAUUCUGGGAUACAAGGUACGCUAUAUGAAUUUCCAUUCCUGUCCCUCCCUAAUCUCGAAUAUGUUGACCUCAGCUUGAACCAACUCUUUGGUGCCAUCCCAUCUCAGAUCAGUUCCCUCUCUAAACUCAUCUAUCUUGACCUUUCUCAUAAUCAGUUGUCUGGGAAAAUCCCACCAGAAAUUGGUCUUCUAAGUAGUCUUCAAGUCCUGCACCUAAAUGAGAAUCAAUUAAAUGGCUCAAUCCCUCAAGAAAUCAGCCAGCUUAAGUUUCUUAAUGAGCUUUGUCUGCAAAAAAACAAUUUAACAGGUCCCAUUCCUCCAGAUUUUGGAAAAUUAAAAGACCUAACCAUGAUGUACUUGUUCAAAAAUCAACUUUCUGGUUCUAUCCCUUCCGAAAUUGGAAAUUUGAAGUCUCUAGUGCAACUAGGCAUUUAUAAGAACAAUCUAUCUGGUUCAAUCCCGACAUCUUUAGGUAAUCUAACAAACCUUACCCUUCUCUAUGUCUAUGAAAAUAAGCUUUCCGGCGUAAUUCCAAAAGAGAUAGGGAACUUAAAAUCUCUUGUGGAUCUACAGUUGAGCGAGAAUCAUCUAAAUGGUUCCAUCCCCUCUUCACUUGGUGACUUGAGCAACCUAGAAAUCUUAUUCCUACGCAAUAACCAACUUUCUGGCUCCAUCCCCCAAGAGAUGGAGAAUCUCAAGAAGUUGGCUGUGCUGCAAUUGGAAGCUAACAACUUUUCCGGUUAUUUGCCCCAAAAUAUUUGCGGAGGCGGAUACCUAGAAAACUUUACAGCACAAAACAACCACUUGAUAGGUUCAAUCCCCAAAAGCUUGAAAACUUGCAAGAGCUUAGUGAGAGUUCGUCUUGAAGGGAACCAACUGACAGGCAAUAUAUCUGAAGACUUUGGUGAUUAUCCAAAUCUUCAAUUUAUUGACCUAAGCCACAAUAACUUGCACGGUGAAAUUUCGCAACUCUGGGGACAGUGUCCGCAAUUAGCAACACUACGAAUUGCGGGGAACAACCUUACUGGUAGUAUACCACCUGAGAUUAGCCGUGCAACCCAAAUUCAUGAACUCGAUCUUUCUUCCAAUAGUUUAGUCGGGGUGAUCCCAAAGAACUUUGGGAGAUUGACUUCUUUGGUGAAUUUGAUGUUGAAUGGCAAUCAACUUUGGGGUCCUAUACCCUCAGAAUUUGGAUCGUUGAUUGAUAUUGAAUAUCUUGACUUGUCCACCAACAAAUUCAACGAGUCAAUUCCAGGCAUUUUUGGUGACUUGCUCAAAUUACACUACUUGAAUUUGAGCAAUAACAAGUUCAGUCAAGAAAUUCCGUUUCAGUUGGGGAAGUUAGUUCAUAUGUCUCAACUUGAUCUGAGUCGCAACUCAUUUGAGGGUAAGAUACCAUCAGAAAUGAGCGGUUUGCAAAGCUUGGAGACGUUGAAUCUUUCCCACAAUAAUCUUACCGGUCUCAUUCCAACAAGUUUUGAUGAAAUGCAUGGCUUGAAUGACAUCGACAUAUCCUACAAUCAACUGCAGGGUCCAAUCCCCAACAAUAAAGCAUUUAAAAAUGCUCGAAUGGAAGGGAAUAACGGAUUGUGUGGCAACGUUGGAGGACUAAAACCCUGCAAUCAUUCUGUGGAGCAUAAGCAUACCUUAAAGAAGGCGUUCUUAAUCAUUUUCCCUAUCUUGGGAACACUUUUACCUUCUUUCCUGGCAUUUGUUUUGAUUGGAAGAAGAAGAAGUAGAAGGAAAGAACAGGAAAUCGGACAAAGCAAUAUGCAUGAAAGCUUUUUCUCAAUAUCUAAUUUUGACGGAAGAAAAUUGUAUGGAGAAAUCAUGGAAGCAACCAAUGGUUUUGAUGUCGUUCAUUGCAUCGGGAAGGGAGGACAGGGAAGCGUCUACAAGGCAAAGCUCCCGUCAGGCCGCAUUGUUGCAGUGAAGAAAUUCCAUCAAACACUUGAUGGUGAGGAGGCAUCUCGGAAGGAGUUCCUUAAUGAAAUAAGGGCCUUAACUCAAAUACGACACCGAAACAUUGUGAAGUUUCUUGGCUUUUGUUCAAGUGCCCAUCACUCGUUUUUGGUCUAUGAGUAUUUGGAAACAGGUAGCUUGGCUGCAAUCUUGAGCAACGAGAAUGAAGCUAAACAAUUGGACUGGAGCACAAGGGUGAGAAUUGUAAAAGGUGUUGCUCAUGCGUUGUGUUAUAUGCAUCAUGAUUGCUCACCACCAAUUGUGCAUCGAGACAUAACAAGCAGCAACAUUUUGCUGCACUGUGACUAUGAGCCUUGUGUUUCUGACUUCGGCACUGCUAAGCUUUUGAAUCCAGACUCGUCGAAUUGGACUGCUCUUGCAGGCACAUAUGGAUAUGUAGCACCAGAGCUGGCUUACACAAUGAAGGUAACAGAGAAAUGUGAUGUUUAUAGCUUUGGAGUGCUGGCACUGGAAGUGAUUUUGGGAAAGCAGCUAGGCGAUUUUGUCUCCUCCUUUUCGUUUCCAUCCACCACCCAUGCAAACAUAUUGCUCAAGGAUGUACUGGACCAACGCCUUCCCCCUCCAACGCCUCAAGUUCUAGAUGAACUCGUAACCAUUGCAAGGCUAUCAAUUGCAUGCAGACAUUCCCAUCCACAAUCCAGGCCAACAAUGCACAUGGUUUGUCAGGUGUUAUCGUUCCAAACUGCUUCUUCCUGUAGAGGACCAGACGAUACUACACUUGAACAACUCAUUAAGAUCUGAAUUGCGUGUGACAGAUGAGUUUUGAACAAAAAGACC